UGCAGCAACCCAGGCUCCAACAUCUGCAACUACAAUUUCUGAAAUUAAAAUAGGAACCACUGCUGGAACAACUGCUGGUCCCACUACCACAGCCACAGCCAGAGAGGRCACAACCAUCAUUGCUACCACCAUCAGCACCUCUCCACCUGAGACAAAAGGCACAACCAACAUCAUCCCAACAACAACUGUGCCCACCCCAGCCACGAGCACUGCCAGCACCGCCAGGAUCACCGAGGGAGGCACCACAAGAGCUUCAGCUAACUCUUCCCCAACAUCUGCCACGACAGCCUCUGAAGGUAAAGUAGGAACAACUGUUGUCACCACGGCUGUCCCCAGCACCCCAGCCACUGCGGGCACAACCAUCAUUAUUACAAGCAGCAGCACCUCUCUUCCUCGCACCAUCACUCCACCUACAACAACAGUGACCACCCCAGCCACCACCACCAUCCGCGUUUCCAAUACCACAGAUAACUGUGUGGUGGAACGCUGUGCCUGGACGCAGUGGUUUAACGUGGACUCGCCUGUUCCRGGCAAUGAAAAUGGAGAUAUGGAGACAUUUGAAAACAUCAGAGCUGCAGGCUAUCAGCUGUGUGAGAAGCCACAAGACAUCAAGUGCCGUGCUAAAGAUUACCCUGACAGAAUUGUGAAAAUAAUGGGACAGAAAUUUGAAUGCAGCGUUGAGAAAGGGCUUGUCUGCAGAAACAAGGAUCAGACUCUCAAGUACCCCACGUGCUUUGACUAUGAGGUCUCAGUACUUUGCUGUGACCACAAACCAUGCCAGACAACAGUAGCACUCCCAGAAACCACUGUAAGCACCACUWCAUAUUCUACAGCAAAAACCACGACAGUGGCAACCCAACCUGCUGCAACAGAAACUCCUGUUGCCACUCUUCCACAGCGAGAUAUAACAACCACUGUAGCCACAAGUGCACUAUCAACACAAGAAACCACCAUCAUCACCACACCCUCAGUGCCCAUUCCAACCACCAGCACUGCCAGCACCUCCAGGAUCACCACAAGACCCUCAGCCACCCCUAAUCCAGGAGAAACCUCCACUGCAGCAACCCAGGCCCCAACAUCAACCACGACAACCUCUGAAGGUAAAAUAAAAACCACAGUUGGCACCACAGCUGUCCCAACUGCCACAGCCAGAGAGGGAACGACCAUCAUGGCUACCACCACAAGAACCUCUCCACCUGAGACAAAAGGMACAACCAACAUCAUCACAACAACAGCCGUGCCCACUCCAGCCACCAGCACCGCCAGCACCUCCAGGAUCACCGAGGGAAGCACCACGACAGCCACCGCCACCUCUGCUCCAAGAGAAGCCUCCACUGCAGCAACCCAGGCUCCAACAUCUGCCACGACAAUUUCUGAAAUUAAAAUAGGAACCACUGCUGGAACAACAGCUGUCCCCACUACCACAGCCACGGCCAGAGAGGGAACAACCAUC